GAAGAUAGGCCGCGGAAAAAGAUAAAACAAAAAGCUUACACUGAAAAAGUAUAGACAAAACUCACUUGCCCACAGCCCACCCAUUCAAAUUAAAAUACAGUUAUCUUUCCUUCCCCCCACCCUUCCUCCACCAUAAACAAAUGCCUAAAACCACCCAUCUAAAAUUCCAUUACUCUCUGCACAAACAUCAUGGCCUAGCUGUUUCUUGGAUCCGGAGAUUCUGGGUUUCUUUCAAUUUGUUUAUAGCUAUCUAUACACAUCUAAUUUGAAAAAAGAAAAAACAAAAUUCAGAGAAAUAAAGGGUUUCUUUUUCUUUUCUUUUCUUUUUUCAAAAAAAAAAAAAAACAUAUAGCCCACAAGACAUGAUUUGGUUUCUCUCAUUGCCCCUCCCUAGGCUCAAACCCUUCUUUCCUGUUCCUCUCUCAUUGGAGUUUGUAGCAUAGCUGUAAUGCCUGUAAAUUCAUGGACCCUCUCCUCCUUCUUAGUCCUUUCUCUUGUUCUUCUAUUUCCUUUUCCUUUUACAUCUCUCGCCGUUAACCAACAAGGCGAAGCUCUUCUGUCAUGGAAGACCAGCUUGAAUGGAAUGCCACAAGUUUUGAGCAAUUGGGAGUCUAGUGACGAAACUCCUUGUAGGUGGUUUGGGAUCACUUGCAAUUACAAUAAUGAAGUUGUUUCAUUGGAUUUGAGAUAUGUUGAUUUGUUUGGAACAGUCCCCACCAAUUUUACUUCAUUGUACACCUUGAACAAGCUUACCUUAUCCGGAACCAACCUUACCGGUUCGAUCCCCAAAGAGAUUGCUGCUGCACUUCCUCAAUUGACUUACUUGGACUUGAGCGACAAUGCCUUAACAGGGGAAGUCCCAAGUGAGCUUUGUAACUUGUCCAAGCUCCAAGAACUCUAUCUCAACUCAAAUCAACUCACAGGCACAAUUCCAACCGAAAUUGGAAAUCUCACAAGCCUCAAAUGGAUGGUUCUCUACGACAAUCAACUUAGUGGGAGCAUACCGUACACCAUAGGCAAGUUAAAGAAUCUUGAAGUGAUAAGAGCAGGUGGCAACAAGAAUCUUGAAGGUCCAUUACCUCAAGAAAUUGGCAACUGCAGCAAUUUGGUGUUGUUAGGCCUAGCUGAAACAAGCAUUUCAGGUUUUCUCCCUCGAACUCUUGGCCUCUUAAAGAAACUCCAGACCAUUGCCAUUUACACAUCCCUGCUUUCAGGCCAAAUCCCACCAGAACUCGGUGAUUGCACCGAGCUCGAAGAUAUCUAUCUUUACGAAAACUCACUUACAGGAUCCAUCCCAAAAACAUUAGGCAAUCUUGGAAACCUCAAAAACCUAUUACUCUGGCAGAACAACUUGGUCGGCGUCAUUCCUCCAGAGCUAGGAAACUGCAAUCAAAUGUUAGUCAUCGACGUUUCCAUGAAUUCACUAACAGGAAACAUUCCUCAAUCAUUUGGCAAUCUGACCGAGCUCCAAGAACUCCAACUAAGCGUCAAUCAAAUCUCAGGAGAAAUUCCCACACGAUUAGGCAACUGCCGGAAGCUUACUCACAUCGAACUCGACAACAACCAAAUCAGCGGUGCAAUUCCUUCUGAAUUAGGCAACUUGUCAAACCUGACGCUACUGUUUCUUUGGCAGAACAAAAUUGAAGGAAAAAUACCAGCUUCCAUUUCCAACUGUCACAUUUUAGAGGCUAUUGAUUUGUCACAAAACAGCUUAAUGGGACCCAUUCCGGGAGGAAUAUUCGAGCUGAAGCUACUCAACAAACUUUUACUCCUCUCCAAUAACCUCUCAGGCGAAAUACCGCCCCAAAUUGGUAACUGCAAAUCUCUGGUUCGGUUUCGCGCCAACAACAACAAACUCGCAGGUUCAAUUCCAUCACAGAUUGGCAAUUUAAGGAAUUUGAACUUUUUAGAUCUCGGAUCUAACCGUCUCACUGGAGUUAUACCGGAGGAAAUCUCUGGUUGCCAGAAUCUCACUUUCUUGGAUUUGCAUUCAAAUUCAAUUUCUGGCAACUUGCCGCAAAGUCUAAACCAGCUUGUGUCGCUUCAAUUACUUGAUUUCUCAGAUAACUUGAUCCAGGGCACGUUAUGUUCAAGUAUUGGCUCCCUUACUUCACUCACAAAACUCAUUCUUUCCAAGAACCGGUUAUCAGGUCAGAUUCCGGUUCAACUCGGCUCAUGCUCCAAGUUACAGUUACUAGACCUGAGCAGCAAUCAGUUCUCAGGGAUAAUUCCGUCAAGUUUGGGCAAAAUACCGUCACUGGAAAUCGCAUUGAAUCUGAGCUGUAACCAACUCACUAAUGAGAUUCCGUCAGAGUUCGCGGCGUUAGAGAAGCUUGGAAUGCUUGAUCUCUCGCACAAUCAGCUCACUGGGGAUCUUACCUAUCUUGCAAACUUGCAAAAUCUCGUCCUCCUCAAUAUCUCGCACAAUAAUUUCUCUGGACGGGUGCCUGAAACGCCGUUCUUCUCGAAGCUUCCGCUCAGUGUUCUCGCUGGUAAUCCAGACCUUUGCUUCUCCGGCAAUCAAUGCGCCGGAGGAGGAAGCAGCAGCAAUGACAGGCGAAUGACUGCGGCGCGUAUAGCAAUGGUAGUGUUGCUAUGCACUGCGUGUGUGCUUCUCCUAGCAGCGCUCUACAUCGUCAUUGGAAGCAGAAAACGACAUCGUCACGCUGAGUGCGAUAUCGACGGCCGCGGCGACACCGACGUUGAGAUGGGACCACCGUGGGAAGUGACUCUGUAUCAGAAACUCGACUUGUCAAUUGCUGACGUAGCGCGAUCAUUAACAGCUAAUAACGUAAUUGGACGCGGUAGAUCCGGCGUCGUUUAUAGAGUUACUCUUCCAUCAGGUUUAACUGUGGCAGUUAAAAGAUUCAAGACAGGUGAAAAAUUCUCAGCAGCGGCAUUUUCGUCCGAGAUUGCGACAUUGGCGAGAAUUCGGCACCGAAAUAUCGUGCGAUUGUUGGGAUGGGGAGCGAACCGGAAAACGAAAUUAUUGUUUUAUGAUUACAUGAGUAAUGGGACGUUAGGAGGUCUGCUACAUGAUGGGAAUGCUGGAUUAGUAGAGUGGGAAACAAGGUUCAAGAUUGCAUUAGGCGUAGCUGAAGGAUUGGCAUAUUUACAUCAUGAUUGUGUACCGGCGAUUCUGCACCGAGAUGUUAAAGCUCAUAAUAUUUUGCUUGAUGACCGAUACGAGGCUUGUCUGGCUGAUUUCGGCUUGGCUAGAUUGGUUGAAGAUGAGAAUGGCUCGUUCUCGGCUAACCCUCAAUUUGCAGGGUCCUAUGGGUACAUUGCACCUGAAUAUGCAUGCAUGCUCAAGAUUACAGAGAAGAGUGAUGUUUAUAGCUACGGAGUGGUUCUUUUAGAGAUCAUAACAGGAAAGCAGCCAGUGGAUCCAUCGUUUGCCGAUGGGCAACAUGUAAUACAAUGGGUAAGAGAGCAGCUAAAGAGCAAUAAGGACCCAGUAGAGAUACUUGAUCCAAAACUACAAGGCCAUCCAGAUACACAAAUACAAGAAAUGCUACAAGCGCUUGGCAUCUCUCUACUUUGCACCAGCAAUCGAGCAGAGGAUCGCCCCACAAUGAAGGACGUGGCUGCGUUACUGAGAGAAAUUCGACACGAGCCUGCUACAGGAAGUGAGGCCCAAAAGCCGACCACAAAAUCUACCAAAACUACAGAAACUCCGGCGUCGUAUUCAUCAUCCUCUGUGACCCCAGCUCAGUUGCUAAUGCUUCAAGGGGGAUCUUCUCAUUGUUCACUUGCUUACUCAUCGUCAUCAGGCAGUUAUGUUUCAAAAAAUCAAUAACAAAUUUUAUUUGCUAUACCUGUACCUGUACGUAGAGGAGAGAAAAUUAUGAUCCUUCACAUGUAUAAAUAUAAUUUAGUUAGUUAGAGUAGGGUACACAAGAAAAAGAUGCCAGCAAUGUUGUUUUUUUCGAGUGAGAUGAUAAAUCAAGUAUAUAGUGAAUGGAGUUAUUUCCA